UUCCCGUCUUCCUUCUUCAUUUGGCAUUCGGAGUUGAAGGUCGCGUGUAGACCUUAGUUUUUAGUUUGUAAAUUAAUUUAGCCUAAAACUUAAGUCAUGGCCAAUAACGAUAAUUUCGCGCAAGACGUGACCGAAAAUCAACUAAAUGGAAAUGCUGAGAACGGUGGAGGAGAUUCACAACAGGAUAAUAACAGUGCCGAAGCCCCCGGACGCGAUGACGACAGAAAACUCUUUGUUGGCGGCCUGAGCUGGGAGACUACAGAUAAGGAGCUCCGUGAUCACUUCAUCACAUAUGGAGAUAUUGAGAGCAUCAAUGUCAAGACUGAUCCCAACACGGGCAGGUCAAGGGGAUUUGCCUUCAUCGUAUUCAAAGCACCAGACUCCAUUGACAAAGUCAUGGCUGCAGGAGAACACACAAUCAACAACAAGAAAGUGGACCCCAAAAAGGCUAAAGCAAGACAUGGAAAAAUCUUUGUUGGAGGUCUGAGCAGUGAAAUCUCAGAUGAUGAAAUCAAGAACUUCUUCAGUAAUUUUGGAACAAUCAUUGAAGUCGAAAUGCCUUUUGACAAAACAAAGAAUCAAAGGAAAGGCUUCUGCUUCAUCACAUUCGAGUCCGAACAAGUGGUGAAUGAACUCCUCAAAACGCCCAAACAGACGAUAGCCGGAAAAGAGGUUGACGUGAAGAGGGCGACGCCGAAGCCAGAAGGUCCAGGAGGCAUGGGCGGGCGCGGCGGGCGCGGAGGACGCGGCGGGCGCGGAGGCCGAGGCGGCCGCGGCGGCUACGGCGGCCAGGGCGCCUGGGGCAGCCAGGGCUACGGCGGCUACGGCUACGGCCAGGGCGGCUAUGGCGGCGGCUAUGACGGCUACGGAUAUGGGGGCUACGGCUACGACGGCUACGGGGGAUACGGCGGAUACGAUUACUCCGGCUACCCUAAUUACGACUACGGCGGGUACGGAGGGUACGAGGGCGGGUACGGCGCGCGCACCACUCCACGCGGGAAAGCGGGCUACCAGGGCGGCAAGCAGCGCGGGAGCGGCGGCGGCGGCCGCGCCAACCAGAGGCACCAGCCCUACUAGAUUCGUACCUGCCGAUAGUCAUCUCAGUCCAAUAGUAAGGUUAAGUCAUCGGUCAUGAGUGUCCCCUGCGCCUCUCGUUCGCCGCGCCGGGGGCACGUCAUUCCAUUCCACAAUAUUAAUUUAAGGAAUUAAUCUGUUUAAGAAAAUGUUUUAAGGAUAAAAUAUUGUCGCCGGAAGCGGCCGCACCCGGUGGCCGCUUCCUAAAUUUAUUAUAAUAUAGUAUGGAUUAAUAGAUUCAUUCGAGUAUUAUUGCUGAUAACGAUUAGAUUGAAUUUGACCUUUAUACAGAUAAAUAUUUUAGUAAUUCAGUCAGAGCUUAAAUCUCGCGUAAGGGAAAAGUCGCCGAUCGGAGCGUUAUGGCGUGGCGUGGCUUGUGAGCGCGAGUGUGCUAGCGCAGUGCUGCGGCUGCUGAGUGACGGCCACCCGGCACCACCGGCUGGCGAGCGAACGCCCGGCAAUAGUGUUCUGGAUCUCAAGCAAAAUGUUGUAGUUUUAUAUAAUUAUUUGGUUAAUUUAACAAGAAAUCUGAAUCAUGUAUUUUGUACGAGCUAAGUGUUUCUUCCAUUGAGUAGGGAUGAAAUUGAACUCCUAGGAUUAAGUGAUUGGACAUGAACAAAACUUCUGAAGAUAUACGAUUUGUAUGUCGCAAUAAAAUGUGUAAAUAAAUAUUCGACUUUUUGUCUGUGUUGUCA